ACUUCACUCUCCUGGAAUCCUAUAUAGGUCCCUAGCAACAUUGGAGCUGGUACAAUUCUGUUCACACCAGUGGGGCCUUUCCUGAAUUCAGAUUCUUUUUUGUUGUUUUAAGUGCUUUUACAUACACGAUUAUGCCCACGGGUAACAGGAAACCAGUGUUCCACAAGAAAACCUGAUCACAUUGCGAGAUAACACAGGUAUCUGAACCCAGUGCGUGAGCGCCUCGAGGCUUUUUAAGCUGCUGCCAGAUGUACAUAUUUUUUUGAUUGGUAAGAACUGCCAGAUGACGUUUCACGAAAUAUAAACGCAAGACUCAGAGAGCUCAAUAAAAGGCUUCCAGCCUCCACCCGUCAGUCUAGGAGGAGAAGAGCGAGAUCCUGUUAACAACGGCAGGAAAUGGCUUUCGGAGUGCCAAUCUCAGUCUGUCUCUUCUUCAAUGCAAUGAUGGCGCUGACUGAAGAGGCAGCCACGACUGUCACACCCCCAGUCACAGCCCAGCAAAGUAACUGGACAGUUAACAAAACAGAAGCUCACUACAGUACAGAAGGACCCAUAGCCUUGAAGUUCUCACAUCCUUGCCUGGAAGACCUCAAUAGUUACUGCAUCAAUGGUGUUUGUGCAUUCCACCACGAGCUGGAGAAAGCCAUCUGCAGAUGCUUUACUGGUUAUACUGGAGAAAGAUGUGAGCACUUGACCUUAACUUCAUAUGCUGUGGAUUCUUAUGAAAAAUACGUUGCAAUUGGGAUUGGCGUUGGAUUAUUAUUAAGUGGUUUUCUUGCUAUUUUUUACUGCUACGUAAGAAAGAGGUGUUUGAAAUUGAAAUCACCUUACAACAUCUGUUCUGGAGGAAGACCACUGUGAGGCCUUCGUAAGAAAUGAUCGUGAGGCAUUUGUAAAAAUCAGUGGGCCCAAAAUGGAAAUCUUCAAAUGAAGCAACAAAACCAUCCAAGCUGAUUAGACUUGAAAACAGUGGAAGUUGAGAUCAUGAUGAAAUGAGAGAAUAAACUUCAUUUUGGUCUUUAGACUUUGCCAUCAUGGGAGUGCCAUGGGAGCCAAGUAACAGGCUGCUGUGACAGAAGUCAAGUUCAUAGUCCUUCUCUGGGUUUGUUGCUCUUUUGUGUUGUUAUCGUGCUCACAGCAGAGACUGAGUUUCAUGUUUCUGACCAUGUCAGAUGUGAAUUUGCACGGGAAUAAUGAUCAACCUUGCAGGAAGCCAAAGCAAUGCCAAGCUUGGGUUCUUCACGUGCAUGCUCCCAGUAUUUUGGACCACGGCUCUAUGGACCUAAUCCCAAACAUGCUGCUUUCAUGGUGUCUAAAAGAAUGUGAUGUCAACUCUUAGGAUGAGAUCAGUGUUAUGGCACCUCCAAUGAACCAAACAUGUGCCAGAAGUCUACGCCAGAGAAAAGAAAAUGGAAUGUCCGAGGCAAACACAAGUCAUACCCAGCUGGUGACAACAUUGUGUAGCCUUUAUCUGUGAAAUAUGGAAUAAGCUAAAUAGUUUCUGAUGACUGAAAGCUAUCUGCAUAUCGAGCCCUGAGUAGGCAAAACAUUUCUGUUUCUGCAUGGAUUAUAAAACUCUGGGUCAGAAUUAUUAGUCUCCUAAUGCUUACGUUCAUCACUUCCUCCUAUUGUUAGCGGAAUUACCCGGUGACUAUCCAUAUGGGCUGAAAUUCUAGAAUUCUACUAAUAAAUAAAAUUCUACAAUUGGCCCUGAAAUAGAAACUGAAGAAUUGGACAUAGGAAUUUUCCACAGCCAACAGCAUAUGGAAACUUUCUUUACCAUUUCUGAAUACUUGAAGGCAGAUUUGCACAGAGAGAGAGAAAAUGGAACAAUGGUAGACAUAACUAUUUGGUAAUUAGGGUCCUUCCUCUUUAAUCAUGUUUCUUCCACUUAAUUUAAAUAAGUCUUAUGCAGUUUCCUUAAUUUCUUUGGGCUUCGUUUUCAUUUUCUACAAGGCCCCUCUAGCUCUAAAGUUUGACAGGGGGAGAAGAGAGAAAUUUUUCCACAUCUGUGCUACAAGUGGGAUUAUUCUCAAACCCACCUCUGUCCCCAGCCCCAUCUCUAACCCAAAAACGCACCACUGGAUAUCAUCUUAGGUGUAUAUUUUACUGUUUGGUUUGUAAAAUAAUAAUUUAAGAAUUUGUUUUUAAGGGAAUUAAAACACGAAAUUAAAGAAUAAUAAUCUUGACCAUUUUUCUUUUAGAUUCAAUCUAAAACUAUGGAUGCUUUCUCCCCAUUGUGUUGUAGAUAAGCAAAACUAAUUUUGAUCAUGAGAUGGGUUAAAAGAGGAUCAAAUGUGAAUAUUCUCACAACGGUAGCCUAGUAACAAAACUUCCGCUUGUACUAAGUUAAUGACUUUUCAUUCACUCCUAGCAACGAGACUUUUGCUUGUAUUGAGUUAAUGACUUUUCAUUCACUCCUAAACAAAACCUCACAUUCUGCUUUCCUUUGAGUAGAAGGUGUUUCACUCGCUU